AAAAGUCAUUCUUUAUAUAGAAACAGAUCAAACUUGAAGGUGAAAAAAGCCCUUAACAGCUUUAACUAGCUAUUUUUAACAAAACUACAUUUUUAUCCUUUAGAACUAUUUCAAGGCUUUAGAAAAAUGAGCACUGCUUCUAAUAACGUGUGGAAGGAGAUGUUUCUGGAGGAAACACUGUGCGAUGCUGUGAUCAGGGUCAGAGAUGCAGAGUUUAAAGUUCACAGGUUCGUUCUCUGCAAUCCCAGUGCCUUCUUCAGAGACCUCUUCCUCAGUGACCAAUCAUCUGGGCAGCAAGUCUACAGCUUCCCUGACCUGUCACGAAAUAUCAUGGAGCUCAUUCUUGAGUAUGCCUACACUUCCUCUGUUGUGGUGACGGAGGACAAUGUGGUAGAGCUGUUGGCUGCAGCAGACCGCUUUGCUGUCCCUGGGAUCCUUCAGGCCUGCUGCGACUUCCUCCAGCAAACACUCUGCCCUAAGAACUGCAUCAAGACCUGGAAGCUAGCAGAUCACUACAAGAUUCUUGACCUGAAGGAAGUGGCCUACCUCUACAUCCUGCAACACUUUGAGGAGGUGGUGGAGGUCUGUGCUGACUUUCAGCAGCUCCCUGUUGAGGAGCUGGUGGAACUCAUCAGGAAGGAUGAGUUGAAUGUGAGAAAGGAGACUUUUGUGUUUGAGGCCAUCCUCCGUUGGGUCAAGUUUGCUCCUGAGGAUCGUAGGGGAUACAUGGGGACACUUUUCGCUCAUGUUCGCCUGCUCCUAAUACCCAUUAAUUACUUAGUCGAAACUAUGUGCAAAGAUAAUCUGGUUAGAAACAAUUUACAAUGUGUAAACAUGGUAAUCAGUGCGAUGAAGAUCCUCCAUGGGUCCAGCGUGGAGAUGCCCCUCACCUCCACCCGUCUACCUUCUCAUGUGCUGCUGGCCAUUGGGGGCUUUGAAGACAAUUACCCUUCUGACAAAAUGGAGAUGUACAAUGUUCGAAAAGACUGCUGGAAGACAGUGUACAAAAAUCCAGCACCAUUCCCAGAGUUCAGUGGCUGUGUUUACCUCAAAGGAAACAUCUAUUGUGUCGGAGGGUGCCAUGCUGAUCACUACUUGAGCAGCGUCAUAAGGUUCAAUCUCGCCACCCAAACUUGGAAAGAAGUGGGGACGAUGCACAAAGCUCGAUGCUAUGUCAGUGUAGCGGUGCUCAAUGACCAGAUCUAUGCAAUGGGAGGCUGCAACAAGUAUGAUACCUUCAAAACUGCAGAACGGUUUAACCCUGACACCAAUCAAUGGACCCUGAUCGCACCGAUGUAUGAACACAGAGCCGAUGCUGGGUCUGCAACACUUCAUGGGAAGGUGUACAUAUGCGGUGGAUUCUUAAUGGAUGAUGCAUUAUCUUCUUGCGAGUGCUACAACCCUAACACCAAUCAGUGGACGCUUAUCACACACAUGGAAACCGCUCGAACGGCAGCAGGUGUCAUUGCCUACAAAGACCAGCUCUAUGUGCUUGGUGGCUACGACGGUAGAAGGCACGUAUCAGAGGUUGCUGCUUAUGACCCCUUGACCAAAUGUUGGUGCAUGCUGAACCCCAUGAUUCAUUCCCGCAGCAACUUUGGGACUGUGGUGUUAGAGGACCAGCUUUAUGUAGUGGGAGGUUUCACAGACGAUAAUGACCAGUUGUGCUCUAAAGUGGAGCGCUAUGACGGAAAUACCAAGACAUGGCAAAUUGUCCGGGACCUGGAUUCUCCUCGUGGUGCCGUCAACUGCUGUGUGGUGGAGCGAAUCCCCCAUGCUGCUGCCUUUGUAUCCUAAACACCAACUUAGACAUGUCAAUAAAUGCAUUGAUAUAUCUUAGA